CUUUCUUUCUUUUCUCAGAGCUCUCAGAGAACAGACUAGCUUUUAAGAUAUUGACAUUUAAAUGUAUAUGUUGCUGUUGUCUGGACUUCAGAUCAUACAUAACUCUUGGUGAAUGGAUUUCAUCACCUACCAGCCACUUGACAUCACACCUGACACGAUUUCACAGAAUAGAUUUUUUUCUACUUUUGCCCUCAGAUAGCACUUGUGGUGGGUGUUGUUCUGCCUCUUUUCUGUGUUAUGAAAGAGUGAUAUCUUCCCAUUUUAUUUCUCUGAACACUGUUCAGGCUGCACACUUCCUCCGCACAGCGCCAGACAGAGCAUUGCCAAGGGUGUCGCAGCAAGAUACAAGGAGCCAUUUUCUGACAGGCCUCAAAGUCAAACAUGGCUAUGGAUAUGACUGCCCCGUAACAGAGGAGGUUUCCCAGCCAGCUGUCUUUCAAAGGAGUUGGUAAAUACUUCAUUUAUAUUCAGAAGACAGAGGGGAAAGAAUGAGUUUUGACAGAGUGCCAUCCAAGUCAGAGGUCAUGGGCUGGAAUCCACACCAAUUGUCAGACUACAUGAGGAGGUUGGAGUUAAGUGGAUGUGACAAAGUCAUCGUGAAAUGUAACAUAAAUGGGCAAAGGUUCUUGAACAUGAGUGAAAAUGACAUUCAGAAAUUCCCCAAAGUCCAUUCACCACUUAUCUCCAAAAUAUGCUGUGAAAUCAACAGGAAAGAAGAAAAAAGGCCAUUCUUUACUAAAAGAUCUGCAGCACCAAAAUAUCAUGAACCAGAUACAUCACAAGAGGUUCAGCCCUGGGGACCUGAUGAAUUUGAUGAGGUGAGUGAUGAUGACUAUGAAAGCCCAGAUGCUGAUGAUGAUGACGGCAGUGUGGGCGAUUAUGAGUCACCGACACAGGAUAGUGACAACGACUAUGAGCCACCUCCGUCUGAGCCGCCUGAUGAGAUUCCCCAUAAACUCUGUGCUGCCAAGCGCAUGGCUGAAGAUGACUACAUUGAUAGCUGUACUGCGGUGCGGGGUACUAUAAGGCAACCACCUCCACCACCUCAACGCCCUGGGCCUGGUCCUCCACUCCCCUCCGCCAGUCGCCCUAGUCUAGAGGAGCCUCCCCCACCCAGAAGGGAGCAAUCUCCCCAGCGCCCUGGCAGACUCCCUGGUAAGAUGCCCGCUCCUUUCUCAAGUGCUCCCCCUGCUCCACUGGUUGACCGCAGAAUAAAGCCCACCAAACUGGAUCGAACAAACCUUAAUGAAUCUCCAAUACCAGCAAGGAAGUUGAACACAACAGAUAGGCCUGCUCCACAUUUAUGGAGGCCUCAGACAGAAGAGAGGAGUCCGGACCCUCCCAGGAUGCCCAAACCUCCCCUCCCUCUGUCAGCUAGAGUCAUCAGGAGCAGCUCGUCGGUGGGCAACAGCAGAUAUGUGCCUGGUGCAAGAAAUGAGGUACGAAAGGAAGUGUCUAUGGCCAAAUCCUUCAACUCCAACACAUUUCCUAGACCAGGGCUCCCUACACCACCCUUACAUUCAGACUGCUUGCCACCUAAUAUCGCUACAACUGCUUCAAGACUGCAGGCAUCUUUCUCACACAGGAGCAAGAUUAUGCCCGUGCCGUCACCUGUGCAAGCUUCCAUGCCUCCACCGGCAGACCUAGAGGAUGAACAGGACAUGAACCCUCAGUGGUACGUUGGCCAGGUGACACGGGGCCAAGCGGAGGGCUGUCUCAGACGGGUCAAUAAGGAUGGUGCAUUCCUGGUACGAGACAGUUCUAAGCGCUCGUCCAUCCAGCCCUAUACGCUCAUGGUGCUUUACCAGGACAAAGUCUACAAUAUCCAGAUUCGCUGCGAACAGAAUGAGUUUCUGCUGGGAACUGGUCUUAAGGCCUCAGAGACCUUUCCGAUGGUGGCACACAUCAUCAACCAUUACAAACAGCAACCACUUCUGCUGAUUGAUGCUAAGAACCGUGAAUCAGGUCAGCAGAACCAGUGUCCCCUGAUCUACCCAGCAGGUCUCCAUCCAUCCUUUUAAUAGAAACCUGGGGGAGGGAGAACAAUAACAUGGAGCAAUAGUCAAGAUUGGCAUUGGUUUUAAUAAAAGAAUACCACUAAGUGACUCUUGGAUGAAGAGUACGCCACUGUCAACUGUUUACGCGAUGGACUUCAAAAAGAAAAGUCAAUACCGGUUCAACAAUAUUUGUCGUUUUUUUUCUCUACUUAUGUAUUUAUUUGAGUACGGAGACCACAGAAGCUGAAAAUGUCCAUGUGCGUUGCUCUCUGUUAUUUUCCUGUUACAAGCCUAGAUAGCAGCAAGAUCUGCUGUGAAUCAGAACCAGCAUACAUUAUCCAAGUAAGGAAAUAGUGGGGUAAACAGUCAAUCACUACUGCUGAGCUUUCAUAAUAUGGAAUUGAUUGGCUUCCAAAUAAAACAGUAUUUCUUUCCUGCAUGGUUAAAUGAAAGCAAUAUUAUUUAAUUUCUGACACUGUAUGUUCCUUUAUGUAGCUGUAUUUACUGUUUAAACAAUCUUUGAAUUUUCUUAUUGGAAACUUGUGGCAGAAAUUCUACAAAUCAUUGGUCAUUGAUGGCGGCACACUAGAAAAACUUCACUGACCUCUGUGCCAAAUUCUGCCCAUCUUUUUCAUUGACUUUUGUUUGCCUGAAACAUAGACGAUGACAAAAGGGUUGUCUCACUGCUGAUCUGGUAGUGUAAUAUUAAUACAAGUUCCAAAAAAAUGUAAACAUGUUGCAUCUGCACCACUAACCUGUUGUAAAACAUAAUGCCUCACCACCGGUAUCAUAAUCUGUGUAUAAAAGCUUUAUGUCCCUAA